AUGCUGCCAAGCACUCAUCGUCAGGAAGCUCAUCAUCGCCACCGCGCCUUGGCUGUGUUUGCUUUGAUGGUCGUUCGCGUCCUUUGUCUCCCGGGUUACUCCCAGAACAAGAAUGUGUUUCACAAGAAGUUCGCUGCCAUAGAGAAGUACUGCGGAAAAUCUGUAGAAUUUGUUAUCAUCGACCCUCCCAUCGAACUCAAACCAAGCGAUGUAGCAGGGGCAGCGCCUGCUUUCGACUCAAUAGCGAAUUUUGAUGAACCGGAACUCACCCCUAGAGCAUGGUGGCUCAGUAACGAGACGCGGACAGUUUAUUUUCGGGCGGAGGAGUCCAUAAAGUACAUUUGGGACAUCCUGGCCGCUCAAUCCGUUCCUUUUGAUGGGGUUUUGGGGUUCAGCCAAGGCGCUGCUAUGGCAGCAAUGACUGUGGCUCUCCUUGAACGACCGCACCACUUCGAUUACCUCUCGACCGACGGUAAACCACCUCACCCGCCUUUGCGAUUCGGAAUCUACGUUUCCGGAUUCAAACCCAUAGAUUCCAAAGUCACUUCUAUAUUCAAUGACGACAAGCUGAAAACGCCCAGCGUCCAAAUUCUCGGACGUAACGACGUGAUUGUUGGCAUAAAGAGGUCCCAGACACUCAUUGAUGCGUGUGAACAUCCACGAGUAAUGUGGCAUGAUGGAGGUCAUUUCAUCCCCGCCAAGCUAAGCUGGAGGCAAUUUUUCAAGAAUUAUUUCUUGAGUUGGGAUCCAUCAAGCAAAGUUCUCCCAGAGGACGUCCCUAGCCCAGUCGUGUCCGCCACCGACACGCUCUCUCAGCUGGGAACGCCGACAGCAACCAGGCCAAACACACCACCACCACAAGCCUCGAGUGGCCUCUUGGAUUCCAGGCCAGACUAGCACAAUGGGAAGCAAUAGACACGGAUUAAGCAUUGUUUCUGUACAUGAUGUGCCAAGUGAAAGUGAAGGACAAAGUGUUCCCUGUAUUAUUAUGUCGCCCAAAAUGUAGGGGAAGAUAGAAUUGGAUGGGAUGGUUCUGGCACAUUGUAGCAAGGGUGCUAGCCCUGAAUGAUAGCAAAUCACAAACUAUGAAAUGCCAUG